AUGAGCAUCUAUGACCGCGUGCCGUUAGAUAUUGAGGCCCUGGUGAGUGCAAAAUCCCGCUAACAGCAAUAUUUUUGCUCGUUACAGGACCGUCUAUUUGAUAUUCGCGACAAAGCUCUCGAAGUCAAGAAGGAGUUGGUCAGUUAAAAAGUCAUUCUAUUCACCUCAAAUGUCAGUUUCAGAACGGUUUCGUCAGUGAGGACCCGUCAAAACUAAAUACGAAACAGUUGGGACUCAAGUCUAUUCAAACGGUCAUGAAAAUGGUCGACUACGUUUACAACUACCGGUUCUGUUAUGUCGGUUUUGAAGUGGGUUGACUGAAGUGAAUCUUACGUGGGUCUCAAUAAAUGCAUUUCAGGCCGAUCUCGUCAAGAUUCGAACGUGUCUUUCGGAUGCCGAGUACUAUCUCAGUUUCAUCUACAGGUGA